UCCUAUUAACCAUUAGCAGCCAAGAACUCCUCCCUCCUUUUAGAAGCUUUUUAGUCAUUAAGUAAACAGCUCUUUGCACAACCGAGUAGAAGGCACAGUAGACAAGGCGCUGGCUUUCCUUGUGAUUAAUGUUAAUGGACUUUUAGUGAGGAGGACUGAAUGCAGCCUGCUAGCUGAAAUCCUUUUCAGAAGAGGUGGUCGCCUUUCGCCACCUGGAGGUACAGAAAUCUGUGUAGUCACUGAAGCUUUCCGUUUGCAAACAAGUUUGCCUCCUCAGUGGAUUUUGUGAUCACAAGGGGUGUUCUGAGAGACGGGCCAAAAGAUCCAGAGGGGGCAGGAGCCAUAGCUGGUCCUUGAACUCAGCAAAGUCCUGUUUGGGAUUCAGCUCACCUUCACAAAGCCCAUUCGUGGAACCAGUUGCACCACCGAGGCACUGUUAAAUUCAGAAGAGUGCACACCGGCGGCGGGACAGAAAUGACCGUUCUUAAGAAUUGGGGUUGAUGGCACUCUUAUUUUUUCUUCUGCGGAGGCAUGAGAGUCGAAGAAGCUGAGCUCCAGCGGAGGUGGAUGGUGCUGGCCGAGGAGAGGACGCCAGAAGGACAUCAGGCUGGGAACGUUUGCAAGGUGGACUCCAAGGAGAAGACUUUGAUCCUCGGUCCUGCCCAGGAGAGAUGGGAGGAGCUCCAUCGAGCUACCCAGAACAGCAACGUUUACCUGGUGAAGCAACUCUUACAGCAGGGAGCAGGGACCGAGUGCAGGGAUGAGAAUGGCUGGACCCCUUUGCACUUGGCUUCCUUGAAUGGCUACGCCACUCUGGUCAAAUUCCUCAUCCAGCGUGGCGCAGUGGUCCAUGCCCAGAACAGAGCUUCCUAUACACCGUUGCAUCAUGCGGCUUGGAGUGGCCACACCCAAGUGGCAGACUUCCUCCUCACUCGGGGCACGCCGGCAACUGUGGCAACCAAAGGAGGCUUGACCCCGCUACACUGUGCAGCCGCCAACGGGCACAUCCUGAUGGUCGAGCUGCUCUUACGGCAAGGGGCAGAUAUUGCCGCUGUAGAUGCCAGCCGAUGGACUUGCUUGCACUGGGCAGCUGCCAACAACCAGCUGCACAUCGUGGACUUGCUGAUAUCCCAGGGUGCUGGUCCAGAUCUCGGUAGCGAGGGCGGAGUUACACCGUUACACACAGCAGCCGAGGCGGGACGAAUCGAAGCUCUGCGUCUCUUGCUCGAUAAGGGAGCCAACGUGGACGCUCAGGAUGGCUUGGGAAGGACUCCCCUUUCCAUUGCUUCUAACAAUGGCAACCAGGAGGUUGUGAAAUUGCUCCUCCAAGCCAAGGCAGACGUGAACAUCACCGACCACUACGGCUGCUCGGCUCUCCACAAAGCUGCAACGGCCGGACACCUGCCCGUCAUCUGCCUGUUGGUAGGCGAUAGCACUGCUGGAGUGAAUGAAAGGGACGGUCAGAAUCUGACCCCGUUGCACCGAGCGGCCGGCUGCGGUCAUGUCGACAUCACCCGCUGCCUCCUGGACCACGGAGCUGACGUCAACGCAGCCGGGUGGCUCGGCAAGACCCCGCUACACCUGGCCGCGGAAAAAGGACACUAUCCUGUCAUGGAUCUUUUGCUAACCAAGGGAGCGGACCACACACUCAGAUCGUGGUGGAAAGAAACCGCCAAAGAGCUACUGUCUGAGCGGCCCAGUUCUGGAGGCCUUACUGGUCAAAGGAUUGUUGGGACCCCCUAGUCUUCACAUAUCUAUGCCCCCCCACUGCCUCCUGACUCUCUUCCCUCGCUCAUCUGAUCCCAUGUAUUUUAAACAUAUUUAUCGUUUUGCAGUUUCUAAGUGUAGUGUUAUAAUAACACCCAUCCAGUGUUGUCACAUAAGUUGCCAUCCAAACACAGUAUAAUUUACAUGUGAUAAUUUCUUUAUCUCAGGGAUCAUCAAAGGAGCCCGCCAAUACCUUUUCCUGACACCUGCCAAGUGUUUUUAGACAGUGGGUGGGGCCAGGUAGGGCUUUUGCCCGCCAAGGCUUCUGAUUGGCUAUUGGAGGUUCGAUUGGCUGGGCAGAUUCUUUUAAAUAUUGCUGCCACCACAGCCCAAGGAUCUGCACUGUGUUACUGAAGUCAGAGGUCAAACGAAACAUCACAUCGGGGAUCCAUGGCAGGCUCUUCUAAUCUGGAGAACCAGGUUUGAUUCCCCACUCCUCCACCUGAG